CGUGUGUGUGUGUGCUGGACACAGCGUUUGCGUGUUUCCAGUGUGAGAUCGCAACGUCGGGCACGUGGCGGGCUGCGGUACUUCCGCGCGCGCUUUAUCAGAGCUCUUGCAGGAGGCUGUCUCCGCCCACGGCCAUUUCUCAUAGCGAGCAAACAAACCACAGGGACCAGUUAGGGGGGGGGGACGAGGGGCGCACGAGGUUAGAAAGGGAUCACCAACAUAAUUGUAGCGAUCACUCCACCACACUCAUAUUCGGCACGCAAUUUUGUUGCUCUGAAGUUGGAAAUAUUUGCCGGGAUAGUUGAAAACGCUGACCUGACCUUACACUUCACAACCACGCCUCUUGACACGACUGCCCAUGGUGAGUUAUGUAUUCACCCAGUGCGUCGUGGAGUGCCAGUUCUGAGCAUCCUCUGAAAUUCGUGAGACGGAGCAGCGCGGACUGUCUUCUCUCCGAGAUCCUCCUCAAGAGGUCCCAGCAGAAAAAGAAGCUCUCCCCCCUCAACUACAAAGAGCGCCUGUUCGUCCUCAACAAAUCUUCUCUUUGCUACUAUGAGUGCAACCCCACGAGCCAGAAAAUCGGAAGCCGAAAGGGAUGCAUUCUGCUGUCCCGCAUCCGCUGCGUGGACCGCGUGCUGACCACCCCCUACACCAGCCCAGAGAAGCGCUUCCCCUUCCAAGUGAUAUAUGACCAGAAUGGGUGCCUCUACGUGUUUGCCCCAAACGAAGUCAGCCAACAUACAUGGGUCUCGAUGCUCAAGCAAGAAAUCCAACACAAUGCCUGCCUGUGGGUCAAAUAUCACCCGCACUUCUGGAGUGAGGGGAUGUGGCUCUGCUGCCAGCAAACUGCAAGGAAUGCCAUCGGCUGCACGGAGUACCAGCGCAUGAGCAGAGCUGGUAUGUUUUUGUACUGA